AUGCCCGGUUCUGCCGAACUGACCACCAGGGUAAUCGUAUGGGACAUUAGGAUGCCCAUCGCCCUGAUGGCAGUGUUGGUUGGAGCGGCUCUGUCCAUCGCGGGGGCAGAGAUGCAGACCAUACUCAACAACCCACUGGCCAGCCCAUUCACGCUGGGAAUAUCCGCGGCGGCGGGUUUCGGGGCGGCUCUGGCGCUGGUUUUGGGACUCAGCAUCAUCCCGUUCGCCGGGAUUUUCCUGGUCUCCGCCAACGCCUUCGUGUUCGCGAUGAUCGCCUCGAUGACCAUCUUCGUGUUGAGCGGGUUGAGAGGAGUUACGACCGAGACGAUGAUCCUCCUGGGAAUAGCCCUCGUGUUCCUGUUCAGCUCCCUGCUGGCUCUGAUGCAGUACAUAGCCUCCGAACAGGCCCUACAGCAGGUGGUUUUCUGGACCUUGGGCAGCCUGGUAAAGGCCACGUGGCCCAAGAUCGGAAUUGCCACCGUGGUACUGCUGGUCACCACGCCCCUGUUCGUCAAGCACGUAUGGACUCUCACCGCUCUCAGGUUGGGCGAUGACAAAGCCCACAGCCUGGGUAUCAACGUGCGCAAGCUCCGGUUGCAAGUGCUCAUAUCUGUAUCGAUCUUGGCCGCUGCUGCCGUGGCUUUCGUGGGCACCAUCGGAUUUAUCGGACUGGUAGGCCCUCACGUCGCCAGGAUGCUGGUGGGCGAAGACCAGCGCUUCUUUCUUCCCAUGUCGGCCAUGUGCGGCGCGAUCCUGCUCUCCGCAGCCUCGAUCCUCAGCAAGAUGAUUACUCCGGGGGCCAUUUUCCCCAUUGGAAUCAUUACUUCGCUGGUUGGAGUGCCGUUCUUCCUCAGUCUGAUUCUCGCCAAACGGAGGCAGCUCUGGUAA